ACUGCGCCCCCGAGCUCCAAGUUUGGAGCUGCGAGCUGCCAGCCCUGGCCCAUCAUGUAGGUGCAGCAGAGCCUUCCCCAGCACUGCAAGCAGGGGGGGGGGGGAAAGGAAAAACCCCCCGCUCUGCAAAGCUGCCCUGCAAAGUGUGCAAUUUGCACGGCCCCCCCCCUUGCUGCAAGGAGAGCUGCUGCAGCGAGAGUCAGGAAAACUCCAGUUGCAUGAAGAUUGAGAGCUUGCAGUUUGCAUCUUUGUUGCAAAACUAGCUCCAGAAGAGAGGCAAGGCAAAGUCUUUUGUGCUCCCCUCCCCCAUCAAAGCAAAGGGGAAAAUGUCUCAGUCGAGAGGCAAGAAGAGAAACCCUGGGCUGAAAAUUCCUAAAGAAGCAUUUGAGCAACCACAGACGAGCUCCACGCCACCCAGGGAUCUAGACUCCAAAGCCUGCAUCUCUAUUGGCGAGGAGAACUUCGAGGUGAAAGCCGAUGACCUGGAGCCCAUCUCCGAGCUGGGACGAGGUGCAUACGGGGUGGUGGAGAAGAUGAGGCACAUGCCUAGUGGGCAGAUCAUGGCAGUGAAGCGCAUCCGAGCCACGGUGAACAGCCAAGAGCAGAAGAGGUUAUUGAUGGAUCUAGAUAUCUCCAUGAGGACAGUAGAUUGCCCCUUCACUGUCACUUUCUAUGGAGCACUAUUCCGAGAGGGAGACGUGUGGAUUUGCAUGGAGCUGAUGGAUACCUCACUGGACAAAUUCUACAAGCAUGUCAUUGACAAAGGCCUGACAAUUCCUGAGGACAUCUUAGGGAAAAUAGCCGUCUCUAUUGUAAAAGCACUAGAACAUCUACACAGUAAGCUCUCCGUGAUCCACAGAGAUGUAAAGCCCUCUAACGUGUUGAUCAAUACGCAGGGGCAGGUGAAAAUGUGCGAUUUUGGAAUUAGCGGUUACCUCGUUGACUCGGUUGCUAAAACCAUGGAUGCAGGAUGCAAACCCUACAUGGCUCCUGAAAGAAUUAACCCGGAGCUGAACCAGAAGGGGUAUAGCGUCAAAUCUGAUAUCUGGAGCCUGGGCAUCACGAUGAUCGAGCUGGCCAUCCUGCGCUUUCCCUACGACUCCUGGGGGACGCCCUUCCAGCAGCUCAAGCAGGUGGUGGAGGAGCCGUCGCCACAGCUCCCAGCAGACAAAUUCUCAGCAGAGUUCGUCGAUUUUACCUCGCAAUGCUUGAAGAAGAAUUCCAAAGAACGGCCAACAUACCCAGAGCUUAUGCAACAUCCUUUCUUCACCCUGCACGAAUCCAAAGAGACAGACGUCGCCUCUUUUGUCAAACUCAUCCUGGGAGACUGAGAACUGGACUUGAUAUGAAUUGCCCUUCUGUGGACUGGUGGGUGCAGGGGAGGGGCGCGUGGCAGGACUUGUCAUGGAAGCACCAACAGAAAGUCGCCGUGUUUUGUUUUGUUUUGUUUUGAUUCUGAGAACCCCCCCCCCCUGCCUCGCAGAAGUUUUUAAAAGGGUUCUUUGGUAUCUCCAUAGUGACAUAGAACGAGCUGGUUAGUGAAAUGAAUUUUAAUAAGGUUGGUAACCUUGAAACAAAAGCAAAACGACAAGAAGAAAAUUUAAAGAGUGAUUUACAUAUUUAAAUGACAGUCAAAAUCCCUCUUCCUAACUUUCUCCUUGUUCCCUUUUCCCCUUCCUCCUGAACCGGAAUUUGCUUUGUCAUGGUAAUAGGUGCUAUGGUAGUCAUGAAGUUGUAUGUAGAUUUAUAUUUUGUCCCUUCCAUUAUUUUAAUAUUUAUGUUAAGUGCUUGAUGGAAUAGAUUUCUGUUUUAUAUGAGGAUGAAUGUGUGGUGGUGAUGAUGAUGCUUAAAUGAGGCCACAGCAAACAAUAGUCCUAGGGCUAUGCUGGGGAAAAAGGUGCCGGAGGAAAAGAGAAAGAAGUGUCUGUGUUGUGGGUAAUAUUUAAUGUGCAUCCUAAAAGGAAUUUGUAGACAAGGAUCUCAGUUCAGCUCCUUGAGCUGCCUUCGUAGGGUGCAAGGCAGCAUUGCUGUGCUGGAGGGAGCCCCAGCGUUCCGUGAGUUCACCUCUCCUCCACAGACCAUGUUCUGAGCCCACUGUGCUCUGCCAACCUCUGCAUGGGGAAAAGCCCCUGCCCUACAUCCCACCCCUUAUCCUGCAGGACUGGGCAGGUGAUGAGGUCUGAAGUGGGAAGAUAUUGUUGGGUGAGUUUCUGGGAUAAGAGUCCCAGAGGGAAACGACUUGUCCGGAAUGUUGCACAAAGACCAGGAGGAGCCUGGUCCCCACCUGCCCUCAAACCCAGCAGCGUUGCAGUGUCUGGGGCUCACCUGGGCUGGGGAUGUGCUGCUUUGGGCCUAAAAGGGCACUCCUCUCACCUCCUCCAGAUAAGAAAGGCAAACAAUCUACACUGCGGGAUGUCUGAAAAAGCAGGGAUAGCUGCUAGCCAAGGGCUGGAGUGUGAAGGCUGUCUGGGUGGGAGGGGGAAUAUGGUAACCCACUCUGCUUUUAGGUAACGUGGUUACUUUCCAGAGAACUGGGGGCCAAGCACUGCGAGGCAUUGCUGCAUCUGGAGCAAGGCCACUGGCACCAGCCUGGUGCUGGUUUGACUGAGCCAGACCUGCACAGCUGCAUCACCAGGCUAUGAAUCCUUUGCCUUUGCCUGUGGCUCCUUCUCCCAGCCCUGCAGGGUGCCUGUGUUCAUGGCUGCACUGCAGCCUGCGUGUGUGCCUUGUGCCCCUCUGUAUGCUUCUCCUCCCCACCUAUCACUUCACACAAGUUCUCAGAGCCAAAUCCCAACUGGAAGCCUGCCCUGCAAGACAGUUAUGCAGGAUGUUAUUCAGCCUGGAACACAGCCCUUUCUCUUCUAGUUUAGUGGCAUCAGUCUCCAUCGGUGUAGGUUCGGCUUCAGGACUACCCUAAGCACCCACCAGGCAAGUUGGGAAGGGUGGUAUUUAGAGCAGGGACCUUUGAGUGGCAGGGUAGUACCACUAGUGCUGGGGGCACGCAAAUGCUUUGACCACCAGUGCCUGGGCUGCCGCUGUCAAUGUCAUAACUGUGGCUGGCAGUGCCUGCUUAGGUGGUUGCAAACCCUAUAACAGUGCUGCUCUGCCCUUGGGCCAUAUCAUAGAACAUCCUGAUCUGGAAGUGACCCAUAAGGAUCGUCAAGUCCAGCUCCAUAUCGAAGGAGAUUCAUUGAUUCUUGUGCUCCUCCACUGCAGAGCAGGGCAGGCAGGGUGCAGGUGAUUCCUUACUGCAAAGGGCUCACGGGUCACACAGGCUUUGGGGAGGAGGUUCCCCUUCCUCAGCCCCUGUUUCAUGAGCCUGUUGGCCCCCAGUAACAACAAGCUCCAUAUUUCACUUUGAGUCGAGGAGAACCUUUCAGGUCACAUUGUGUUGUGGGUGAAACACAAGGAUGUUUUACUUCACUCUGUAAUUUUAAAAGGCCUCGCAUGGCUCAUAAUCUGCCCUCUCAUAUUCCGUGGUGUGUGUGUGUUUUCUCUCUCUCACUUUCUCAGAGUCACAGAGCUGUUUUGAUUGAUUGUCCUCAGCUGCAGCUGAAAGUCCGGCCAGCCAGUUUAUGGAGUUGGUUCCAGCAUCAAUUCUCGCUUUGAAAAACAUGACAUUUAAAACCACCCUUUGGUUUUCCUACAUAUGGAUCUGAUGCUUUUGUUAAAGAUUGUUUUUGCUACUUUUCUCCUGGAAUAUAAGUCUCGUUUGGACACCGCAUCCUCUUGACCUCACAGCACCUUUAUUUCAGUGCCAUUGUAAUUGACAGGUUGAAUUUAUGAGAUACUGUCAAAGUUCAGUAUUAAUAGCAGAUAUUAAUGUCACCAGCGUUUUCCAAUAGAAAAUUAAUGUCAGUGUUGUCUGCAGCUCGGAACCCUCUAAAAUGAUUCCUGCAUGCCUCAACACUACAUGCUGAGUGCUUUCUUUUAUGCCUUUUGCUCUUGCAGUGCUUGGGCUGUCUAAUCCCUUUGUUUUAAUGACAUUACAAUAGAGCAUGCAACAAAUCACUUCACUUCCUCCUGAUUCUCCAUGACUUUGUUCCUUUAAAAGUCAUUUACGUCAGCCCAGAGUAAGUGUGAAUCCGUAUGGCCAGUGUGAGUAAAACCAGUGAUCUGCAUUGAUUGCCACUGUGGAAGGUACUUGGAUAAAGGAGAAGAAUACAGAGGCUGUCUGUCUCUGCAUCCCGUGUGUUGGACAUAACGCUUGGCCUGAUCAAGGGUAUUCUUAGAGAGUAGCCUGAGCUGGUGGCCUCGUAGCAAGGAGGAGAGCCAAGGACUCCUGCCUGCAAGGUUGCAAAACAACAGUCAGACUCUUUUCCAAUUGAUUGCAAACUCAGUAAAGAUGAAAGGCUUUUGGUCAGUACUCAGAAUCUUUUUCAGAUGUAACCUGAGCACAGGUUUGGCUGGGAGAGUCAUGAUUUGUGGGAUAUUAAGCCUUUCCCUCUAACCUUGCCCCAUGCCCUGGUGUUGAGGCUUGAAGCUGUUCUUCCAAAGGCUCUUUUGUUUUCAGACAGUGCAGAACUGUGGGCAGCACACAGGGUGUUAGAUUGUCCCGAGUCAGGAUAUUUAAAUUGCAGAAGCAGCAGGUCUCAUGCCAUGGACCUGAAACAAACCAAAACACCCCAGGGAGUAAAGAGGAGUGAAAAGCUGCCCAGAGCUGAGCACAGAGCCAUGGCUUGGACCAGCAGUGUGAAUUAAUUCUAGCACAGUGAGACAUUUGUAAGGCAGGGCCUCUCUGCUGCUCUUUUCUCAGCCACAGCAGUGGUGAUCUGGCUGUGUGAGACAUGCAUAGCCCAUCCUCAUGGCAGGAAGAGGGAGACCACAGGGCCAUGAUGUUCAUCAUCUGUUUGUCUCCAGCGUGCCAAAUUCCUUACAACUCCUGAUGUUCUUGCUUGAGGCUUUGCAAUUUCUAGGGGUCUUAAACUGUUGAUGGCAGGAAGGCUUCUUUCUGGGUCCCCAACAGCCCACCAUCCCUUAAACUUGAUGGAAAAGCUGGAGAACAUUUUCUGGUUACCAUUUUUAAAGGCCACCCUGUUGCUGCAGUGGGUGGAACGUCCAUCUUCUCUGGAGAUUUUCCAGGUGUGCUGAAGUUGACACAAAGAUCUUCAUACUGUAUGUCUGCAUUUUUCCCUGACUUCUGUUGAGUUUAGUGGCAAGGAAGGAGGCAUUUCUCACUUGUUGAAGAAGUGGGACUGCCUUUUCUGGAGGCACUUGGUGGGUCGCUACUUAAGAAAUAGCACUUAAAAUGACUGAGUGCAGUUGAGCUCACUGUUCUUUGACUGGUGGGGAAGGAGGUGGUUGUGUGCCUGUUGGGUCAGUGUUAGGUGCAUUUUGACUUGGUGGGAAGGGACUCCAAUGCCCUCACCCGUGUGACAUUGCAAUGCCCAGUUCCAAGGACAGAGACACCCACCCACACAGCUUUAGCCAGGAUUUGUCCGUGUUUGCAGAAGCAAAGUAUGUACCUGAACAUUUCCCUUCUUUCCUAGACGUUUUGGAAGAGGAAAUCCCACUCGGCUAAUACAGCAUUGCUUUAGUGGCUGGUCUGGUGUAGUUCAGACAAGGUUCCCACCAGCUCCCUUGUUUAAUAGGCCUCUUUUUUAUUAAAAACAAAACCCAAACUCCUGUCUCAGAAAAGCCAGCCAAGAUGCUCUUUUUUUUUUCUCUCUCUUCCAUCUUGUUCCUCUUAAAGGAACUCUGGGAGCCAGUCUUGGUGCUUUCACUCUUGCACAUGCCAAAGAUUGCUACAUCCCUCUUAGUUAUGCUCCUGCCAAACCAGAUCUUAUAGUCUUGCCUCAAGAAUCAUCCACUUCCCUGCUCCUUGGGGUUCCUUUUGUUGCUGUUGCUUUUUCAUUGAAUUUCCUCAUGUUUAUUGACAUGUCUAUUGUUGAGCUUCCUGGACACAUGCAGCUCCCUUUUGCAGAUACAGAGAAAGACAAACAGUUGCCUUCAUUGGUCAGCCCCUGCUGUUGGGGAAAUACUGCUGGUGAUAUGAUUCUUGCAGGUGGGGAUGGCUCUCAUUUAAAGGGUCAUGGAGGGUAUAAACUGGCAUCGCUCCAUUGGCUUUGCUGGAAUAAGGCCAGUUUUGUCCAGCUGAGAAUCUGUCCUUAAUGUCUAAACAGUUAUUACACACUAAUAAAGAUUAAUGAUCGUAAAUCCCCAUGGAUUAUACAUAAAAUGGCAAGUUUCACUCAUUAAUCUUUAUUGCCAUAUUAUAGCUGUUUAUGUUAGAGGAGUUAUCUCUCUCUGUUCUGAGCAUGCACUUAGGAGGAAGGGGCUGAGUGUGGGGGAGAUGGCUGGUGGACAUAACAGACCAGAUGUCCAUGUGUUUUAUAGUCUGUGUCCUCUCCCCCAAGUUACUUAUUUCCUUGAAAGCCUUUAACCAGCAGCAAAGGAUGUAUCACAGAGCUUUGUCUGCUUCUCUGGCCUCUGGCUGAGCUAUAAAAUCCAGAUUGUUUCUGGUGAGAAGGGAUCAGAUCUCCUAAUUAAUAUUUCAGCUCAGCCUUUACUGGAGCAGAUGGAUAAUAUGAAAUUUGACGAGCGCUCUGGCAGGCCUGAGCUCUGCAGUGCACUGAGAUUCACUCUCCUGGACUGUGGCUGGAAGAGAUACUUUCUGGGCAGUAUGAAGCAAUGUUUCAGGCUGAAAGGAUGCAGCUUCUUCAUGGAACCCCGCACUAUAAAAGCAGUUGAUUUUGUUAUUAUGGAGGGCCAGAAAAAGCUUACUUGACUCAGUCUUUUGUAUUUGGAGAUGAGCUUGGAGGUGGUGGUGCCAGUGGUAUACACUGUAUAAAUGAAAAGGACUCUUGAGGAGAGUGUAGCAAACUGCCAGGGUUGUUUUAAUGGCACAGGGACAAACUAAGUGCUCUGUUGAGCAGCUGUUGUUUGUCCACCCUGCCAAGGAAGAGCUGGAGUUGAUCGAGGAGAGCUCAGCAGACAGAGAGCAAUGGAUUUAGGUGAUGCAUUUUGUCACGUGUCUCAGAUGCCACUGUGUACCCACUGCCUGCAAAAGAAACAUUUAAAACCCAAAAGAAAACCAGGGAAGAACUGCCAGUGAGCUGGUGAUGGUGCCUGCUGUAUGGCCUCGUGCAUUGCUGCUUCCCCCAUUGAGCUUGUCAGUGAGUUUCAUUGGGCAUGAAUGAUGAGAAAGGCUUGCGAACUGCCUCUGUAGCUGAGAAAGAAGAGGGUAAAUAUCUUAAGGAGUAAAUUAGAUACUCCCAUCUUUUGGUUAGUUAUAACUGCCACAGGAACAAAGGAAUCCUGCAGGGACCUGUGCUGCUAGCAGUGUUGUUCCAAUAGGAAUGCUUGUGACAUGUGUUGCACAACCUGCUUUAGUGCACUGCUGGGUGGCUGGCCAGCUCUUAGCCUGCAUUGACCUCUUCCCUAGAGUCACAGUUACAUUUUGCAUUUUACUGUCUGGGAUUUUACUAGCAGCCUUUUUUUUCCAGGCGGUUGGGCAGAGGGAAGGCAAGAGAAAGGGGCCUUUGGGAAAAGAAGGCGUUGCCUGUAUGCUAUCCAGCGCCUGCCCGCAGGUAUCCAGCCAAGGUGAGAGCUUCCCUAACCCAUUUGAAUACUCCCUGACAUGUGUUCUUACUUCUCCACCUCAGGAAAAAUCCCUGCUGGAAGCAGAGCAGCCCCAUGGUUUGCCCUUGCCGGCAGCCAGCCUGCGGGCCGGGCUGCGUUUCCUUCCUCGAAAGGCUCUUGGGUUUCUCUAAACGAUGGGGCACCACUCCAGCGGCUGCGAGGUACCGCGGGGAUAAGCUGGGAAAUGCUUGGAAGCGUCUUAAAACGCGCUGGAAAUACAGAUGGAAAUCUCGAAAGAUCAGACAGCUUUCGGCAAUUUCCAAAGCUGCGUGGUUUUAGCCAGACCUGAAAACUCUUCCUAGAAGUUUAUUUCGGGGUAUUUUGGUAUGUUACUUUCGCUUUUGGGCCCAGCUAAAUCCAGGAAGUUCAAAAUAGUGUAAUUUUAAAAUAGAGAAUAAACACCCAACCCGAAUAUUGCUGAACAGAUCAGGAAAAUUCGUGUUUGGUUUCUCACAAAGGAAGAAUUCAGGCCAGCUCAGGGUUUAUCCUAAUUCAGUCUGGUUUUGCCCGAAAUUAUUACUCUUUUUGAGAAAAUAAGGGAUCAGUCUGUGGUCUUUCCAUAAUGCCAUGACCCAGCAUGUAAAGGUCUGAAUCAUGAUGCCAGCAGGAGGUUGGAGACAAGUGCAAUGUGGAGAGGCAGCCAGCACUGAGAGCUGGAAGGAUCAAGCAAGCACAUUCAUGGCCUCUAUAAACAUAGGUAGAGGCAGAUCCUCCAGGGUUAUGUUUGAUGGAGACAUUGGGGUCUGCCAUGUUGCAUUUCUUUUGGCCUGUUCCUCUUAGAAAGACCUUACAGCCAUCUCAGAGUGUCCAGAAACAAUAUCUGAGUCAGUUGUAUCUCUCAGCUCAAUUGUAUGCUUCUUUUCAGGAAGGCUUAAGUCAUGGUGGGGUUCUACAGACAGUAAAAAAGCCACAGCAUCACCAUAUCUUUCUCCAAACAUUUCCAUUUAACGGGUGUGUUGUGAAUUUCCAGAGCUCUACCACCAUUUUGCUUCCUCCGCAGACAUGAGUUGAGCAGCUUGUGUUUGGUAGUGGCUGUCACCAUGCCCCCAGGGCUGAUGGAAAUCAUCACAGCAUCCACAACUGUUGAAAUUUGGCAUUUAUUUGUUAAUAGCAGCACACUGGGGGGAAGCUGCUAAAUGUAGCGUCUUGCAAACUGAGGAUAUGUUGGAGUAAAACUUGUCAUUUCUCUGUCCAAAGUCUUCAAUUUAUGGGAUGACGGUUUUGAUGGCAAAGAUCCAUGUUUGGCAUCAACAUUUAUCAAAUUUGUAGAGUUUCUGUCUCAGCUUGUGAAAUCUACUGUGUUGAGAUGGCGGGGAAUUCAUAACAAAGGUAUUUCUAUGAAUUUUAAACUAAAAAAUGUAAGGAAAACUGAGCUUAAUGGAAAAGUAACCACUUCCCAGUGGUGUGCUGGUGUUAAAGAGAGCGCAGGCAAAGUGGCAGGUUGGAAGUCUUCUCUUUUUUAAUGUGUUUAAUCUUUAUAGCAGUUCAGAUUUUCUUUCAGUGACUUGGUUUGCUCUGGAAUUAGAGAUUAAGUAAUUUAUUUUUUCAAAAAAUCUUUUUUUUCCCCCACUUCUUUAAACAUCUUGGAGUCUUCUGAAUAAACCUUCUCGCCUUCUUUUGGGUUUAAUAGGAAAAACACCAGUUGGGUUAUAAUGUUUCUUUCCAGAGGGGAUUUAGUGGCACCAGAGACUGUUUUAGCUGCUAAAAUGCUUGGUGCUCCAACCCUGAGUGCACUGGAAUUCUGAGAAAAUUCUCCACCUGAAAAGUACAAUCUAGUUUGAGAUGAGCACAUUAAUCCAAGCCUCCAUGUCAGGAUCUUCUGUAUCAGGAGCCUGGAGUUCCCCAUCAGCCCCCAGGUCGAGGCAGCUAGGAAUGCACUGGAAGUGCUGAGGGAUGGAGCACUGAUAAGCAGCAUAGGGAUGAAAUCCCAAACAUGAGACCUGUGGGAGACUGGUAGGGGUCUCCCAGUCAUGCUCUUCUUGUUCUUUUAGUUCCCUUCCUCCUGUCUGCAAAUGUAUCUUGCUUCUCUGCUGCUUCCAAAGCCGCCCAGGCCGUGCUGAUAAGGAACGCUGUGAUGCAUCUGUUUUCCAACAGCUUGCGUUGGUUUUCUGGUUUGUUUUUUCUUCCCCCUGUGCAUAAGAAGAGUUGGGUAGCAGAAUGUGGAUUUCAUUAGAAGUUCAUAAAGCAGGGACCUCAGAAGGAUGUGGGUAUGAAUGCUUUUCAGGCAUCUGAGGUGAACUUUAAAUGGAGCUUUGGCCCUCAUUUGCUUUCUGCUUUUCAAAUACCAUUUAUGAGAAAGCGGAGCUGUCAAAGCCAUGCAUGAACUUUGCCUUCUUGCGAAUAACUUGUCUCUAAUUGUCAGAAUGCACAAGAAACUUGUCUCAAAGUAAAUCCGGUAGCUCCACAAAGCUAUGAGUGCGUAUGCAUUUGUGUGCAGCUGGGUGGGUGCAGGGAGCCCUUCUGCCAUUUCAGAGAUUGAAAAAACGCAAUGCAAAGUGUUUUUAAAAAGAGCAAUUAAAAUGUUCUGUUUGUUGGCAAAAGUACAUCAGACCACAUCUCCCAUCGUUCUUUUAAUUGCUUUGUGUUUGUUUGUGUUGCCUGUGUCUUUGCUUGCUUCUUUCCACUGCAGCGCAGUCCAGAGCCUCACACAGCAGGGGUGGAAUGGGAAAUAGGGUGUUAGGAGAAGGGCAGGGCAGUGCAAUGGGAGUCACUGUCACUUUUUAGCUUGUUGAGGCAGCUCUGUCCUCAUCAGAAUCAAAACUUCCUACAUCCUAACAUAAGACCCCCCAAAUCUUUGUGCAAGGAGAUGGAGAUAGGAAGCUUUGAGUCCCUGCCCUCACCCUGGCUUGGGCAGUCCUUCUGAACACUGCUGGUGGUUUAGUAAUAGUAGCAUCGUGCUGGGGUCAGGCAAACAGUGCAGAGUGCUUCGUGGUCACCCACUGCCAGCCCUUGAGACCUCGUGUCAGUGCAGUCUGAAGCACUUCUCUUAACCUGUGUUGUCUUCAUUCAUCUCAAAGCCGCUCCUCAUCCUAUGGAGGUGAGAAAUAGGAAACUGACAGUAGGACCAUGUGCAUAAAGCUAGAUAGGCUUUUAUUUAAUGUUGUUUUAACGAGAUGCUUUUAGGACUCGUGUUGUGUUGGAUUAAGGAUAUUGGUGGAACAGUUAAACUGGUAUUCCUUAACCUUUCCCUCCGCCCUCUUCAUUUGAAAGACAAAAUAGAUUGGGAGAAUAUAUUUAUCUUGAAAACGAACCCACAACCCUGUUGGUAGAAUACAUUGAUCUUUACUACGCUUCAGUUUUAUUUCUCAGGAUACCCAAAGGUUUAUCACUGCUGCUGAGAGAAGGGGACAGUACACCUUUUUGAAACUUCAACCACUGUAACCCAUUUUCCAGAUGUGUGUGUGUGUGUGCGUGUGUGUGUGUGUGUGUUCAACUCAGCACUGCGUGUGCGUGUGUUCUGCUGAUUAUUGUGUGCAUCUAUGAAAUGCUUCAAACAACUGCCUGGAAGUCAAAAAACCAACCACCUCUUUCCAGUCAUGUUUGCCGUGACUUUUCAUAACCACACUUGAACUAGUGGUCUCGGAUUAAAUAUUCAAAGAGCAGGGCAUCUUUAUAGCAAUGGUAUGUCAGUCAAAUUAAGAAAAAUGUACACAAAAAUAAAUAAAUUAAAUUAAAAAAUGA